AUCCCUGGCGAGAUAACUAAAAUGGAUUUAUGAAUAUCAUUCUAAUCGUAUACACAAAACAGCCAUGUUAAUUAUGAAGUGUUCAGCCAUAUUCUUCUUGAUAGUAAUAGGAAGGAUUUACUCAUUGUAUGGCUGUCAAGACAACGUACGUGUCUACUCGGAUAAAGGACAGCGGCCGAUCCUAAACUUCAGUGUUGUUUUGGAUACAUCGAAAUACAAUACUACAUUCUCAGUUACACGAUAUGAUGGGACACGGUUUAUGUCAAUGCAAUACAUGUACGGACAACCUCAUGGCUCACCGAGCUUAUUUAAUGGAUGCACGUUGGCCCCAACUGCUAACCUGUCCAGAGGAAUUCUGGAUGUCAAGCUGGGCGCCCUUGCGGCUGGAGACCAGGGAAUGUACAAGCUUAGUGGUUCUGCGUCUUCGAAGUGCUACACACUUUACUUCCUAGGCAUUCCGACCCGGCCGACCAUUUCUUCCACCGGAACGAUCUACGAGGGAGUCUCACUGCCCAUAACUUGUAGUAGCACAUCAACCACCAACCCCUCAAACCACUCUCUGACAAUGGGGUACAGCUGGACACGAGGUGGAUCUACAAUCAUAGCUGGUGGAAGAUUUUCCUUUGACAACAAUCUUCAGAGACGGCUGACAAUAGCAAAUAUUACCAGAAAUGAUAACAAGACUGUUAUAAGGUGUACAGCUACAGAGGAGAGGGGUAAAUCCUCACUGUCGUCUGCCUACAUGAUCAUAUUUACAUUGUGCUCGAAUACGUUGACAAACUUCAGUGGAGUUAUCGAGAGCCCCAACUUUCCGAACCCGUACCCUCAUAACCUUAACUGUACCUGGGUGAUUGACACAACUAUCGGAAAUACUGUCUAUAUCUCAUUCUCAUCUUUUAGUAUCGAGUCAAACUGCCAGUAUGAUCACUUACAGAUUAAUGAUGGUGACCAACCAACGUCUACUUCAUUAGGAACAUUCUGUGGGAGUAAUUUACCCCGGCCUAUAUCGUCUAGUACAGACAAAGUGUGGAUUAACUUUGUUACCGACUCCUCUGUGGCCAAGAAUGGUUUUAGGCUAGAAUAUAUUACACACGGAUGUGGUGGAUACCUACAUACACCCACUGGAUCUUUCACUAGUCCAAACUAUCCACACCCCUACCCUCAUCAACGCCAGUGUGAGUGGACCAUUGUUGCCGACACUCGAUCUUAUGUUCAGUUAACUAUCGAGACAAUUGACCUUGAAACUCAAACUUACUGUGACUAUGAUGUGUUGGAUAUCUACGACGGCCCAGAUGACACUGCUCCAAGACUAGCACAGCUCUGUCACCAUCAGAGCAGUCCUCAGGUCCUGUUUUCGACCGGAAACACAAUGUUUGUGCGUUUCAAGAGUGAUGGAUCAAUUGCAGGCAAUGGAUUUAGUGUCACAUACAGGACUGUUACUGGAGGUUGUGGUGGCAAUUUCACCAUACCACGCGGCACGAUCGUGUCCAAGAAUUAUCCAAACAAGUACCCUCACAACACUGACUGUGAAUGGCUUAUUACAGUCAAAGUUCGGCAAAAUAUCGGGCUAGAGUUUACCGAUUUUGAUGUGGGAGGAUCAUCGGAUUGCAGAUAUGAUUAUGUGGCUGUUUAUGAUGGCCCUUCCGUACAUGCCACAGAGUUGAUGAAACACUGCGGUAACUCACUCCCCAACCCUGCCAAAUACAGAUCACUCAGUAACCAGCUCUUUAUCCGCAUGAAGACCGACGGAAGUGCCAGUAGGCGCGGAUUCAUGGCAAACUAUACCACAGUUUCAGACGUGUCUAUAUCUCCAUCCCAGACAUCCUACACGGUGACAGAAAGACAAACGCUUGUACCUAUAACGUGUUCUGCCACGUGUUACCCAGUAUGUUUGUACACGUGGUCCAAAUCAAGCGUCACGGUCAGCUCUACGGCCACACUGAACCUGCAUCUGGCGGAGAGAGCGGAGGCCGGAUCUUACUUUUGCACGGCAAUGAGCCCAGGUCUAAGCGUAUCAAGAAGUGGACCAGUAGUAAAUAUCACUGUCAGAUACGGUCCUGAUAACAUGUAUUUGUCACCUUCAACCACGUCUUACACGGUGACGGAGGGAAACAACAUCGGGGCUAUAACGUGUUCUGCAGCGUGUAGCCCGGCCUGUACGUACACGUGGUCCAGAUUAGAAUUGACGGUCAGUUCUACAGCCACACUGAACCUCGGGCAGGCGGACAGGGGGGAGGCCGGGUCUUAUAUUUGUACGGCAAGGAACCCAGGAUUAUACAUUUCACGGAAUGGAACAAGAGUGAGCGUCAGUGUCAGAUACGGUCCAGACAUAGUGUCUCUGUCCCCCUCUUCCACGUCUUACACGGUGACAGAGGGAAACUACAUUGGGGCUAUAUCGUGUGCUGCCACCUGUAACCCGGCCUGUACGUACCAGUGGUCAAGAUCUGGGGUGACGGUCAGUUCCUCAUCCACACUGAACCUCGGCCAGGUUGUGAGUGGAGAGGCCGGAUCCUAUGUUUGUACGGCAAGGAACCCGGGGUUAAACAUUUCACGGACUGGACCAGCAGUGAACAUCAGUGUCAAAUACGGUCCAGACAACGUGUCUCUAUCCCCGUCCCAGACGUUCUACACGGUGACAGAAGGACAUACCCUUGUACCUAUAACAUGUUCUGCUACGUGUUACCCAACAUGUACGUACACGUGGUCAAAAUCAGGGGUGAGAGUCAGCACUACAGCUACACUGAAUCUGCAUCAGGCGGAAAGAAGACAGGCCGGGUCAUACGUCUGUUCGGCAAGAAACCCAAGCUUAGGCAUAUCAAGAAAUGGACCAGUUGUAAAUGUUGCUGUCAGAUACGGUCCAGAUAACGUGCAUUUAUCACCAUCAACCACUUCUUACACGGUGACAGAGGGAAACAGCAUAAGGGCUAUAUCGUGCUCUGCCACCUGUAACCCGGCCUGUACGUACACGUGGUCCAGAUCAGGAUCGACGGUCAGUUCUACGGCCACACUGAACCUCGGUCAGGCUGUGAGAGGGGAGGCCGGAUCGUAUGUUUGUACGGCAAGGCAUCGGGGGUCAAACAUCUCACGGACUGGACCAGCAGUGAACGUCAGUGUCAAAUACGGUCCAGACCACGUUUCUCUAUCUCCGUCCACGACGUCCUACACGGUGACAGAAGGACACACGCUUGUACCUAUAACGUGUUCUGCCAAGUGUUACCCGGCCUGUACAUACACGUGGUCCAGAUCAGGGGUGACGGUCAGUUCUACAGCCACACUGAACCUGCAUCAGGCGGAGAGAGCGGAGGCCGGGACUUACGUCUGUACGGCAAGGAACCCAAUUUUAAGCGUCUCAAGAAGUGGACCAGUAGUAAACGUCACUGUCAGAUACGGUCCAGACAACGCGUCUUUAUCACCAUCAACCACGUCUUACGCGGUGACAGAGGGGAACAACAUUGGUGCUAUAACAUGCUCUGCGACUUGUUACCCGGCCUGUACGUACACAUGGUCCAGAUCAGGAUCGACGGUUAGUUCUACGGCCACACUGAACCUCGGUCAGGCGGACAGGGGGGAGGCCGGAUCCUAUGUUUGUACGGCAAGGAACCCAGGGUCAAAUAUCUCACGUAACGGACCAACAGUGAACAUCAGUGUCAGAUACGGUCCAGAGAACGUGUCUCUAUCUCCAUCCAAGACGUCCUGCACAGUGAACGAGGGAGACAUUAUAAAUGCUAUAAUGUGUUCUGCUAUGUGUUACCCGGCCUGUACGUACACGUGGUCCAGAUCAGGGGUGACGGUCAGUUCUACAGCCACACUGAACCUGCAUCAGGCGGAGAGAGUGGAGGCCGGGUCUUACGUCUGUACGGCAAGGAACCCAAGUUUAAGCGUCUCAAGAAAUGGACCAGUAGUAAAAGUCACUGUCAGAUACGGUCCAGACAAUGUAAAUUUAUCACCAUCAACCACGUCUUACACGGUGACAGAGAGAGACAACAUUGGAGCCAUAACGUGUUCUGCGACUUGUAACCCUGCCUGUACGUACACGUGGUCCAGAUCAGGAUCGACGGUCAGUUCUUCAGCCACACUGAACUUCGGUCAGGCGGACAGGGGAGAGGCCGGAUCCUAUGUGUGUACGUCAAGAAACCCAGGGUCAAAUAUAUCACGGAAUGGAUCAGAAGUGAACGUCAAUGUCAGAUACGGGCCUUCUGCAGUAGCGCUGAGUCCAAGCACACUUAACUAUACUAAGAAUGACGGUGACACACUUGCACCAAUUACUUGCUCUGCCGAUUGCUUCCCCGCAUGUAAUAUUAGUUGGCGGAGAAUUAGCGGAAUAUCAGAUAUCGUCAGUACCAACGCCUCUUUCAACCUGAGAGAACUCAACAGAACUGGGACGGGUAGAUACAAAUGUGAGGCGAUAAAUCCUUACACACUUACAAAUACUACAAGCAAAGACGUUACCAUCAACGUCAGAUAUGGCCCGGACGUUAUAACACUGAAUGAAUCCAAUGUCCAUACAGUGACGGAAGGAGACGCCGUCAGUAGCAUAUAUUGUUCAGCGGAUUGCUGGCCGGGGUGUGUCUAUACUUGGACUAAUUUGACUGACAAUCAACCAAAAGUCUUCUCCGCGAUUCUGGUGUUUGGGACAGUGAAUCGCUACGACGCCGGUGAUUACAUGUGCUUGGCUAGGAACUCUGCACCUCAGUUCUCGGUAGUGGCAGCCAAGCAAUUCACUCUUCGUGUUCAAUAUGCACCUGAUGUUGUCAUAAGCCAAUCAAAUACUUCAUUACGCGAAAAUAGCCCACUUAAUCUCCGGUGCAAGGCAUCAGGUGUCCCCGCUGUUUACAACUACACAGGCUUUGAGCAACGAGUUGGUGAUAUGGUGGUCCCCAACAGUCACGUAGAGAGCCCGGGUGUGAUGGAAAGUAUAUCUGUCAACAUCCCUUCCGUCCAAUUUCAGGAUACAGGGAUUUACACUUGCUACGUUCAUAAUAACAUUACUGGCCUCAACAAAAAACUCAUUCAGACUACUUCACAAAACAUCGAGGUCUCAGCAUCUCCACAAUUCUUUCUGGAGAAAACAGAAUUUGUCGGGAAAACGUCAACAAACAUUACCAUUGAUAUUCCAUUCGUUAGUUUUCCUGAAUACACAAAAUACAGCGUCAUAAGACACGACGGACAACAGGUUUCGAUGAAUGAAAAAUAUACGAUACACAUGAGGAAUGAGUCUGUUAAUGCUGUGUUUUAUGGACAGCAAGUCAAUAUAUCCGGAAAAGUUCUACAAGUUACUAUCAACGACUUGGCAGAGAUGGAUUUUGGGAUAUACAAUAUACAAAUAACCAAUUAUAUCAACACGGCAAAUUUUAGCAUCGAUAUUCAGUCAACAACUUCUGACACCUCAGCUCGCAAAAGCGUCGGUCCAGUUAUUGGAGGAACAGUUGGAGGGCUAGUGGUAGCACUACUUGCUGUAUUUGUCAUCGUUGUUUUUAUUAAACGAAAGGACACCUGCUCAAUUAAAUUUGCUGAACGAAAAGAUCCGUAUCAAAAUACACAUUCAGGACAGAAAACGGUUUCACAAGGUGUUGGCAACCCCCAAUAUGACACCGCACCUCAGACGUACGAGGAGCUCUCCAUGGCAACGGACAUAGGGGUUUACACUGAUCUUAAAAAUGUCAACGAUGGUACGGAUAAUCCGAAUGUCUACGCACAGCUGGCUGAGACCAGUUUAAGCCCCGCCUCGUACGACGAUACUGUCGAAAAAGAAGAUCACAUUUACAUCAACUUAAUGUUGAAAAACCCAGCACAGCUGUAAAAGACGCCGUGAGAAGAAACCAGUGUACAAAGUGCUCAAAAAACACUGUCUGCUGUAUUUGCUAUUGAUAUUCUUAACCUAUAUUAUAUUGCGAGUAAACACUUUUUGUAAGAUUAAGAAAAUAUCAGAAGGAGAAAUCAGGAACAAUAAUUAUUCAGCAAUUGU